AUGGAUCCGAGCGCAUCAAUUGGUCUUGCAGCAUCCUGCGCCGACCUCGUAGGAGCCGCAGGGUCAUCGUCUGUUAAGCUAAACCACUUUUUACGCAUAUAUCGUGAACCGCCAGAAGAGCUGCGGCUUCUGCAGGCCCGGGCCGCAUCCGUCAAGCAGACUCUCGACAGACUCUUGGCACUGCUAGACCGUGACCAACCUGCCUUUCAACAUCCCCACGAUGUAGAGGCUCUGGAGCUCCACCUCAAUGCCAUCUCAUUCCUCGUCAAGAACAUCCAAGACCGCUCUGCCAAGUUGGAGCAGGCCAGGUCAACUCCGUUCCCCAACUGGAGCUCUGUGGUUCACCUGUGGGGAAAUGAGGACAUUAGAGAGGCUGAGGCGCGCCUUGGCCGGCAACUGGCUGCCCUGACAGUGUAUCUGGACGUGUCGAGGCCUGACGACGAAGCGCAACAGCUGGUUCAGAUUAAGGAUGCAAACCAGAGAGCUUGCCUUCUGGCAGCGUGGGACGAUACCGCAACGUAUCUACCGAUUCCCGAGAGCCCAAGCGAGAAUGCGUCCUCCCCCAGCACCAGUCUACCGCCCAACUACCAAGCGACGUCAAAUAGCAGCGUAGGGCUGACGGCACAGAACAGCAUCCCCAGCUCUGAACAGGCAUACAGGCGCCCUCAAUCCUCCAUCAGUGCCGUGAGCUCGUCAACGUCUUCACCAAUCGCCACAUCAAUGGGCCAAACAAGUCUGGCACCUCCGCCCAAGGAUCAUCAUUGGAGUCAAACUCUGAGAAACCAGGGCAUAUUCAUGCCGUCGGCAAGGAGACUGAAGUCAAUGGCCAUGCUACAAAAGCCACCCUCGCCGUACCCAAUACGGGACAUGGUGGGCCAAGGAGACGACCUCCACCUUGCCGAGUUCAAGUCAAGAGUUUCAGAGUAUGCUCAAGGCAUCUCCCCAGUUUGGGAACUCACAGCUGUGCCGAAGAAGAAAAAGAAGGAGAUGAAGCAAAGAUAUCGGAACCGAUUCACCCGGAGUCCUUCCGAUGAUCUGUCGCCGGACAAGUUGCAGUCCCAAUUCAAGAUCAUUGAGAAGGGACUUUGGGAUGCCAUCUUACAUAAGGAGAACAAAGGGGUUCAUGAUAUUAUGAACCACAGAUUCAGCGACAAUCUGGUGGUAGAGAAGCGCGACCGGAUCACAGCUCUCCAUCUGGCUGCGUCUCUUGGUGUUUGCAACAUUGUCCAGACCCUUGUGACAUAUGGUGCAAACCCGAACUAUGCAGAUCGUUACGGCGCCACGCCAUUGCAUUAUGCAGCCGAUUUUGGCUGUGCGAGCUGUAUCGAUAUACUCGUCUCCGCGGGUGCCAAGGUGGACCUGGAGGCGCCAAAGACCGCUGUCAAGACGCCGUUAUUCUAUGCUGCCAAGAGAGGCAAUCUGGAUGCAGCCAACACUCUGCUCAACCUGGGUGCCCACAUAUACACGUUGGCAGCGGGUCCCCGGGACACCAUUCUCUACGCCGCAAUAGAGUCCGGAAAUUUGCAACUGUGCAAGAUGCUUCUCCACAACGGCGCCAACCCCCAGGAGAGUUUUGACGUCUUGUGGUUGGCGACUUCGACGUCAAAGGAAAUACUGGCACACUUAGUUAGCGUCGGAGCUGAUCCCAACUUGAGGGACGCAGACCAGCAAACCAUCUUGCAUAAAUAUCUACUCAAGAGUGAUCCUGAAAUGGUUGCAUUUUUGCUGAAGCUCGGAGCCAAACCUGGAAUGGCUGCAGAAGACUUAGGACGUAUGACGCUGCACCUCGCCCUGGACAAAGGCGGCUCUCCCGACGCGCCUGCUCUCUUGAAGGCGCUUCUCGAGGGAGGCGAUGACCCCAACCAAGGCGAUACCUGGGGGCAGACACCCCUCCACUGCGCCGUCCUAUGGGGCCGCGCCGAUGCCGCGGAGCUACUUUGCAAGCACGGUGCCGACAUCUACAUGCGGGACAAGAAGAACAGCAGCCCGUGGUCCGAGACGAACCUGCCGGGUUACGAGAAACGGACGGGGACCAACAGCUUCUCGGACUUCCCGGGCACAAAGGCGGUCAUCGACAGAUGGCACCAGGGGCAAUCGACCAAGGCACCCCUGAUCCCCGAGGCGGACAGCCGCCAGAAGAGCAUCAGGCGUACGGAGCUGCACAGCGAAUCGAAACCAGUGAGCGAGCUCGACUCCCAGAAGGUCAAACCAGCGCUGGCUGAGCUCUCCGGUGCGCCGAGGCCGGCGCAGGAAUUGGAUGCGGAACCGAUGGUCCGGAGGAAGCCAGUUGUGGCAGAAUUGCCCUCAUAG